AUUAUUUGUGUCAAAAUGUUUACACAAACCCCUUCAGUGCUAAUAGGCGAAGGAGAUAUUAAAUACAGAGCAAGAAGAGGCUGUUCAGAAUUUCAUGUCGUAAAAGAAAUUCUUCCACAAUACCGAAUUUCUUAUAAGGGAAAAAGUACCAAAAAAGUACCCACAAGCACAGUCGAAGUUCAAACGGAUACAACAAUACAUACAAGUUGGGAAAAACCACAAGAGGAAAGGUCAGAUUUUGAAACAGCAAUUGUGAAGUUACAUUUAAUAACCCAAGAGCCUUGGCCAAAAGAUGCAAAACUGUAUCAGCCCUACGAAGUGGAACAGAUCUUGCUUCCAGACAAUGCUAACUGCUUGGCUGUGCAGGCCUUCCUGAAGAUGUGCAAUCUCGACUUUACUGUGGAGCCGAGACCAAAUGCUGAACACAUGUCUCCUUCAGGCAAGGUGCCAUUUUUAAAGGCCGGUGCAUUUGUAGUGUCAGAAUUAGAAGGGAUUGUUUCAUUUGUAAAUAAUAAAGGGAUAUCAUUGACUGAAACUCUAGACUCAGAGAUGAAAUCUGACAUGAGGGCAUACAUGUCUUUGAUACACAACGUGAUUGAAGUGGCGGAGUUGUAUAUAUGUUGGGUAGACAGUGAAACUUAUAAUGAAGUAACAAGCAUAAGGAAUGGUUCAAUUUAUCCAUGGCCUUUGAAUUACAUCCAGAACAGGAGUAAACGUUCUCAAGUUAUAAAGAAGUUGAAAGUUUUGCAGUGGUACAAAAAAACAUUGCCAGAAGUUCUUCAAGAAGUUGAAAACUGUUGUCAGGCAUUGAGUGAUCGACUGGAAGGAAAAGAGUAUUUCUUUGGUACAAGUCCCACAGAACUUGAUGCCUUGGUGUUUGGACAUUUAUUUACAAUCCUUACUACACCUUUGCCAAGAAAUGAUUUGGCAAACACUGUUAGAAAAUACCCCAUUUUACUUGACUUAGUUCAGAAAAUUGAAAAACAAUAUUUCAAACGAGAAAAUUAGGUGUAGACUUUACUGUUAUGUAGUGGAACAAAAAACUUGUUGAAAAUAUACAAAUUUUAUCUGUUGAA